AUGGAAGCGAAUGUUGCAAAAGAAAAGUUGGAAGAAAUUUCUUUAGAGUUCAUUCAAGUCAUCAAAGCCAAAUCAAUAAUAUCAUUCAAUGGCGCAAUCGAUGAGUUAUAUCAAUUGGAGAAGAAAUAUCGAGCAACGGGUGAUGCAAUAUCCAUUGGAAGAAUUUUAGUUGCAAUUGUUCAACUUUAUUUUUACUCAUUAAGGCUUGUGGAAUUGAAUGAAAGCAUUAUUGCCUUUGCUCUGAAGAAGCAUUUGCAAUCUGAGCAAGCUAUCGGUGAAAUGAUCCGUGAAUGUUGUAAAUUUAUAGAUUUGAUGUCAGAUGAGGAACAGAAAGUUAAACUACUUGAUACCUUGAAAUUGGUAACAAAUGGGAAGCUCUACUCAGAGUUUGAGCGAGCUAAAGUUUGCAAAGAACUAGCUGCAAUACAUAAAAGAAAUGGUAACAUUGAGAAAGCAAUUUCUAUACUUGAAGACUUGAAAAUUGACACACUAACGUCUUUAGAGAAAACAGAGAGAAUAGAAAUCAUUCUUCAGUUGAUGGAACUUCUAAUUGAAUCAAAAGAAUUUGUUAAAUGUCUUAUAAUUGCAAAGAAAAUUAACAAAAGUCAUUUGAAUCAAACAAAAGAAGUUGAAGCACAGAAAUUAAAAUUUUAUGAAUUGAUGAUCGUUAUUGACCAAAAUUCAAAUUAUUCAAACACGUCAAGUCAUUAUCAGAAAAUGCUCAACACCGAUUUUAUUACAUCACAAAUUGAUAAACGUAAGCAAACCCUCAUUUUCUCAAUUGUUUACUGUGUACUCGCACCAUUCGAUCGUGAAAAGUCAGAUAUGAUGCAUCGACUGAUGAAUCAUAAAUAUAUUGAUGAAGUUCCACUUUACAAGGAAUUUCUCAAGGAAUUCACAACGAUAGAACUCAUCAAUUGGUAUUCAAUAAAGUCUAAAUUUAAGGAAGAUCUAAUGACACUUGGGAUAUUUAAUCUUAAUAAUGAAGAUGGAUUAAAAAAGUGGAAGGAUUUCCGAACAGCCACAAUCGAGCACAACGUCAAAGUUUUCGCUUCUUAUUAUCAGAGAGCGUAUUUAUCAAAUAUGAGUGAGUUCCUUGACAUUAAUAUCGAUGAAACUGAAAAGCAUUUGUGUAAUCUUAUUAUCAACAAAUCAAUCAAUGCAAAGAUUGACAGACUCUCAGGAAUCGUAACAUUCCAUCAAAAAAUAUUUAACUUGAGUGAUCCACAUAAAACAAAAAAUCUUUGUGAACAAGAAGAUUUCUUGCAUGAUUGGCUCUGCCAAUUGUCAUCCAUUAUGAACAUCAUUGACAAUACCACUCAUUUAAUAAACAAGGAAAUGGAACUGUAA